GGCGGCGCCAAGAGGUUCCUGCGCUGAUUCCGUCGCGGCUUCACUGAGGACGGCAGCCACGAGAACAUCGACCUGGGCAUCGCUGAGCUGUCUGCCGUGAUGGGGUUCUCAUACGGCGGGGCGGCGGGUAUGACUUCUACUACAUGGAAAAGGACAAACUGCACCGCCUCGACAACUACGGUGAGUGAGCCAGCAACUGUGAUGACCAUUGAUUGAGACAUCUCGAUGUCUCAUUGCCGUCAGAUGCGCUUCACACGGUGUCCAACCACACGAGAGGCUUCUCUGACAAAGGCCGCAGCACGGUGCAGUUCCCCAUCGACGACAUGGCCCCCGACCUGGUCAGCCAACACACGGCCACACACACGAAAGUGACACACAGCAGUGUGUGGAUGUCCCUCUCUGUAUGUGUGUGUGGUGUCAGGAUGGCCAUCGUGUGCCGAGUGCCGAGGAGACUGCUUUGGUCAAGGAGCGGCUGCGUCAGGUGGCGCCCAGGAGCGCCGAUAUCUUCGAGAGCUUUGGGGGCGACUACGCCGCCAUGACCAAGAUGCCCAUCGAUGAGGGCUGCAGACACAUCAUAGCGGUGGUCGAGGAACGCCUCACCAAGUGAGAAGGAAACACCGACCAAUGACUCUCUGACACGCACACAGAAUGAAUGUGUGUGUGCAGGGUGCCAAUGGAGUGGCUGACGCCCGACGGCAGCGUCCAGGCCGGCCGCCUGCCGACGACAGUGUCCAUGUUCUAGCGGCCGCUACUCACACACAUAGACACUGUUUUUUGUGAGACUCUCUUGACUCGUUUUUUCGAUCUCGUCCGGUGGAUACAGAAAAGCCCACUGCCUUCGGCCGUGGGCUUUUCAUUCUGCGCGUAUAUGAGCUGCUGAGCUCGAGCGACACAGCAAGCUGAGAACGGCUGUCCGGCGGCCAUGUUAUGUACAUAUUUGCGAAUUUUUCCAAGGGGAUUUGAGGGCUUAUAGAGGCCAGCAAAACAUGCACGCAGAGUGAC